UCAUUUGCACAUACACAAGUAAACAAUCAAUGCAUUAAUCACACAAUAAGUAUUUCUGCAAUAAGUAAUUGUUUCCAAAAAAAAGUCAUGCUCAGAGUGAUAUUGACUGAUGAAGAACUAUAUUCUAACACGGCAGCGACAAAACUUGUUUACAAACUUUUCGAAUUAAAAUAAAUGUGACUGGAGCGGCGUACAACGGCUAGAUGAAGAAUCUAAAUCAGUUAGUCGGAUGGUAUCAAAAUAAUAUCAGCAAAUAUGACAAAAAUAAGUGGGAUAGUUCCGUGAAUAAUCAGACAAUAAACGCAUACGGCAAAUAUCCGAAACCCAACAAACAAAAGCCUGAAUUAAUUGAUGUAGACACGUUGGUAAGAGGCUCAUCAUACACCAAGGCUAAAACGAAGCAGAAUCUAUUCACUGUGAUACGGUUAGCGUUGAUUCGUUUCCUGCUGUUACCGCUUUACUCACAAUGGUGGGUCCAACAGACAUCACGAAAAAUUUACAAUUUUCUGCUGACUUUGUACGCGCUUCAAGUAUUCAAUUUUGGUAUGUACAUCUACGUCACCAGUUACUGCGAAGAGAACAUUGUUAUAGUGAGAGAUCUAAUGCUACCUAAUUUAUUGAGUUUACUGCUGUCGGUCAUUCAUUCUCAAAUUGUGGCUACAACCGACGGCAGAGUGAAAUCAUCGAUCGAUUUGCAAGAAAAGAGAAGACGACUAAGUCGGAGAAAUGUUAAAAGGAAAACGUCGUGGAGAGGAUCAUCUACUUCAUCGAAAGCUUCGUCGGCUAAAUUUGGUGCUGACCAAGGGGAACCAUUCAACGGCAACAAAUUCAAUGUCCAUCGAAAUAGCUCAACCAAUUGUCCGCCAGGAUUGAAGAAACGAAACGCGGACUGGAAUCACGUCUACAGUCCAUAUCGGUUGAAUAAGAAUCGGUUGGAGUCGAAUUUGGAAUUGAAUUUAGAGGUCGAGCGAAUGCAAAAUUGUGAGGACACGAAUGCAGAAAGUGAACGAAGUGAAUGGUCCAACAUUGACCAUGGUUUUGAAAGUUUCAAUGGAAAAUCGUCGAGUAGCGACGAACUGGGAACAACAGCCAGGGUUCCUCAAAUUCAGACUACAUCAGAGAACAAGGAAGAAGAGAACCAAUAUUUGACCGUUAAGCCAAACGUUUUACUCAACGGUCAAAGGGUGCAGGAAGAUGUUGACAAAAAUUGUUAUCUAUCACCCACGAGUGGUCAGACCAAUACAGUUUUCACUUCACCUUGGCUCGGUGUAACUAGCAACAGUGAGUGCAGCUACAGUUCGGGAAGUGAAUCGGAUUCGAUGUCUGACCGAUCGGAAAACAAUAGCUUUCCGCUUGCACACACAUUUAAACCCGUCAACGAUAAAAUUUCUUGUUCAUUGUGGCGUGGCAAUAAAUUAACCAAAGUUGAGAUGUCCGUACUCGAUAUAUCCACAUCAAUCACCAAUAAAGUUGAAACGAUGACAAAAUCUUCGGAUUACAUUUACAUCGGCUUGAUGCUCAGCGUUUUGUUGACAUUGGUUCCCGUACUUUGUAGAAUAUGUGAAGCGGCGUUCGAUUCUACCACCACCGAGUUCACCAUUCUCGAUAUGCCUGCGAUUCUUAUGGAAAUGAUUCCGAAAGUCACUAUCAUCAACAGUGCUUUCGGUCAAACGUUUUCGGAAAAACUAUUCCUGUCGAUCGGACUCCUGCUGCGAUUUUGCUUGACUGCGUUGCUCUUCUUCAUGUUAGCGGUUGCUGAGAGAACUUUCAAGGAAAGGCUACUGUACGCAAAACUCUUCUCACAUCUAACAUCCAGCCGCAGAGCUCGAAAAUCAGAGGUGCCACAUUUUCGUCUGAGCAAGUUGCGUAACAUUAAGACUUGGCUCAGCGUUCGAUCUUAUUUGAAGAGACGUGGACCACAGCGAUCUGUCGAUGUCAUUGUAUCUACCACCCUAAUGUUGUGCUUGGUGUUUGUAUCGUUUCUAUGUGCCGAAUCGCUUAAUGACUCGGUUCAGCAACAUUGGCAUUAUGAUUUGGAAGUGUUCAUUUGGUCGUGUUCACUGGGAUGCUUUAUUCUGCGAUUCAUGACCUUGGGCACAGCAAUUAACGACAAAUAUCGAAGUGUAUCGAUCUUGAUCACGGAGCAAAUCAAUUUGUAUCUUAAGAUGGAACAAAAUCCGGUAAAGAAAGACAGUUUUGCUGCAGCGAACAAUGUACUGAAAUUGGCCGCGGAUUUAUUGAAGGAAAUUGAAGUGCCAUUUAAGAUAUCUGGCUUCAACAUCAAUCCAUACGUGAGUGCUGGCAUAAGAGUUCUGAUCGUAUCAGCCUUAUCGGGCAUAUGCAGUGAAAUUUUGGGUUUCAAGCUGAAAUUAUUUAAGUUUAAGGAGUGAUAAUGGGAAAGGAUUAAGGAAAAUGCGAGCAAAAUUUUAUUAUUAAAUGUACUUAAGUUUAAGUGAAAAUAAAGAGGAAGCCAAAGAUUUUGGAGCAAUUGA